ACUAUCAGUAUUAUCCGUACGUAGGAGACUGGAGUGGCUGCAAAUAUAAAUAUCUAGGUGAUCCUUCCCUCCAUUUUUUUUGUUGAAAAAAAAUUGUUGGAUGGUUAUGCAAAUGUUGGCAGUGGCCUCUGCUACCAUUCCAACCACCUUGCUACUCAAAAAGGUUUCUUCUCUGCAGCUGCGCAGGGUAUCCCCAAGGUUUCUUUUGAUUUCAAGUUCAUUCAGAGCCAUUGGCAUGUCAACUGAAGCACCAAAUUCUUCAUUGAAUAGCAAUGCAAAAUUUUGCAGUGAAGUGAGUGAACAAUCUACACAUGUUAGUAUUGAUAUGGAUGGGAACCGUGGUUUCAAAGAAGAGACAUCUGUGAUUCAAAGUAUUGCUGAAUGCCAAGACUUGAAGAAAUCAUCUCAAGAAGGUCAAGUGGCAGCAGAUGAAGUUGACUUUGAGAAGGAUUUAGAUUGCUCAAAGGAUGAUGAUAGACUGACGAAAUUGACUGUGGCAGAGCUUCGAGGUUUAAUGAGGAAACUGGGAAUGUCACCAACUGGCCGUAAGCAGGAUCUCAUACUGGCAUUGAAAAGUUUUUCACAAAAUAAGAGUGCAGAUCAAAAUUCCGAGACUAGCAUUUCAAAGGAUGCAGAAAAUGGCUUAUCAGAAAUUAUAGCAGAUCAACCAAGAAAUCAAGGAAAGAAAGGUCAGGUUAAAAGUCUGCCCAUUUCUUCAUUAAAGGAUUCCCAGGUUUUAGCUCCAUGUGUGGAAGGAAAUGAUGACAAACUAAAUGUUACUGGUAAUAAUUCAAGAAACUGUAAGAAGAAAUUCAGUGAUAGCAAGAAAUCUGUUGAUAUAAUUGCUCAACCAAGUAUUCCUAAGAAGAAAAUGACUAUUAAAAGACCUUUGAUAAAAAGUGCAAGACAGGAUUGUGAAGGACACACAAUUGAGUCAAUUGAGGGUUGCAAUGAAGAAGUUAACAUGCACUUGCAAUCAGAAACUGACAAGGGAUCAGCUCAGAAAAAAAGGAAAAUUAAGAAGAGUGUAAGCAAUUCAGAGAACAAAGAUAGUGUUGCUCCUGCAGAAGGUAAGUUAGAGUUCAAUUUUGAAGAACCAUGGACAAAUCUUGUUCACAAGAAGGUGCAGAUUGGAUGGAUUCCUUAUAACCCAAGUAGCAUGCGGCCCAGAUCUCCAGCGGAGAAUAACAUGGUACGGUUAAUUUCUUGGAAUGUGAAUGGUUUGAGGGCCUUACUGAAACGGGAGGAAAAUAAAUUUUUGCAGCUUGCAGAGAGAGAGAAUUUUGAUAUCUUGUGUUUACAAGAGACCAAAUUGCAGGAAAAAGAUGUACAGCAGAUUAAGCAAGGUCUUCUUGAUGGAUAUGAAACUAGUUUCUGGACUUGCAGCGUAUCCAAGCUUGGCUAUUCAGGCACUGCUGUGAUUUCUAGAGUUAAACCUGUUUCUGUAAGGUUUGGACUCGGAUUUCCUGACCAUGAUGGUGAAGGUCGCCUGAUUACCGUAGAACUUGAUAAAUUCUAUUUGGUUGCAGGAUAUGUUCCCAACUCUGGUCAAAAGCUCGAAAGACUGACGUACAGGGUUCAGAAAUGGGAUCCGGCUCUAAGCAGCUACAUCAAAGAUCUAGAACAGAAAAAGCCAGUGGUUUUGACUGGUGAUCUGAACUGUGCAAAUGAAGAGAUUGAUAUCUACAAUCCUGACGGAAAUCGAAGGAGUGCAGGAUUUACAGAUGAAGAAAGAAGGUCAUUUGAAGAUAACUUCUUGAAUAAAGGUUUUGUGGAUACCUUCCGACAACAACACCCAAACACAGUUGGCUAUACUUAUUGGGGCUAUAGACAAGGAGCAAGAGCUGACAAUAGAGCCAUCCCCCGCCGUCCCCAAAUUUGGCAAAAAAAUUUGCCAUCCUGGAAAUGCGUCCCGCCGUCCCCUGCUGUCCCCGUCCCGGAAACUCAGGGUUGGCGUCUUGACUACUUCCUUGUCUCAAAAGCGAUUAUGGACAAUGUAUAUGACUCUUACACAAUUCCAGAUGUGAAUGGCAGCGAUCAUUGUCCAAUUGGCCUUAUUUUGAAGAUCUAGAUAAUUGAUCUCUUUGCUAGCAUAUUCAUUUUUGAGUAGAAAUUCUUGCAUGGCUCUUGACAUCAAAUAUAACCCUUUUUGCUAGUUUGUCAAAUCAGUAAUGAAGUUUCAAGUAGUUAUCUUUAUCACAUGUGACGAUCGUUUAAAUUUUGAACAUGUUCUCUGAUUAUACAUUGCUUGUAUUUGCAUUUAUGUAUUGUGUAUCUUUUUCUUGUCUUAAUUAGAAUUUAGUAAUUACUCAUUCA